AUGGCCAGUUACGUGUGCCAAUUCUCUAGUUAGAAUGUCUCUGUCUCGUAUUUUCUUGACGAUAAAACAUUGUUCUAUUCCAAAUUCCAAAGAACCAUGCGUUUCAAAACAUUCGAAGGAGACUACCUCACAGCUACGUUGGAUAUUUUACUGACACAAUUUUCGAAACUUUCCUGGAUCAAAAUAUAACUUUUAAACCACAUGGCGCCUGAGACAAUGGCUGAUUGUUCAACAAGGAUUAUGACACUUUGAUUAUUGUGUCACUUCACGAGAAAAAGUUUUGCAUUUUCUGAAGUGAAGUGCGCGUGUGGCUGUUCCAUCGGAAACAUGAACCAGGCGACAGACCGAAGGGAGAGUAACCAGCGGGGCAGCAAAAGUGCAGCAGCUCUUCGGACAUGGAGCCAGAAUUCCCUGCACAAGGCCCGCAGCGUCCUGUCAGACAUAGUGUUAGCCACCAAAAUGGCGGCCGUUGCCAAACCCAGAGCUGCCAAGCAGCAGAGCGAGACCGGGCUGUUGAUGUCCGUUAUCAGGACGCUGUCUGCUAGAACCUUUGCUGGAAUAGACAUAAGUACCAGUGAGGAUUUUGAGCAACGUGAGGUGGAGAAACAGCGACUGGAGAAAGCCUUCAAAGAGUGUGACUCCAAGUUAGACAAGCUUGUUGAAGACAACUAUGAUGACUUGACAGCAACCGUGAACCAUUUCAGCACCAUCUCAACAAGUAUCCACAACCUGAAGUCGUGUGAGAGCCUCCUGCGCUGUAAACGUGACGAACUGCGUAAGCUCUGGAUUGAAGGGAUCGAACACAAACAGAUCCUAUCACUGCUGCAGCAGAUUGAGAACGUGAAACAGACCCCAGAGAAGCUGGAUGAGUACAUGGCUAAGAAACACUACCUGCAUGCUACUGAACUACUGGUGUCAGCAGUUGCUUCCCUGGAAGGAACCCUUUCUGGUGUGGAAGCCCUCAGGGAUGUUAGAGCAGAACUACAGAACAAGAAGGAGCAAAUGCAUGAGGUUCUGAUAGAGGAGCUGCAUCGCCACCUGUACAUCCGCUCCACUGCUCAAGUCAACAAACCGCUCCGUAGACAGGGGUCCAUCAAGGGCACCCGGGACGUCUCCCCAAGUCCUGCUAGAAAACUGCUGCAACAAGUCCUAGCGGAGGGGAUUGCGUCCACCCCUGGGUCAAAGGGACACAAGAGGGGACACUCAAGGUCCCGAAGUCUGGACUACAUGUCUCCGGGCGUGGCGGGCGGUGAUGAGGACCCUGCCCAGGUGCAGGAGGACAUGGAGGGGGAUCCUGAGGCAGACAGUGUGCAGUUCAUGUCAGUCCUGGUGGAGUCCCUCUCCAUUCUGCAGAAAAUCCCAGAAACAGUGGAGGCUAUCAAGAGCCGUAUGGAGAAGGAGAUGACACUGAUCGUGCACCGGACAACAGCACAAGUACUGGACAAUGCUGAGCAGAGAGGAGAAACAGCCACCCAGCAGAACCAACCCAGACUCCUACUGGAACUCUUUGAGCUCCUGUUUGAAAAGUUCCGCUGCGUUGCACAGGCACACGACGCUGUUCUCAUGUUCCUGCAGCGUAUCUCUAACUCUGCUUCUCAUGGACAAGCUGAGUUUGAGCUGUAUGGAAGGGAAGAUGUGUGGUCUAGGAUGCAGGCUGUGCUCCAGCUGGUGCUGAAUGACUACUUGGAUGUGAAGAACACAGCGUCUGCAUCUCAGAACCAGGUGCCGUCUGCCUACACAGAUGCAACACUUGAUAUCAGCACAUACUUCAGCAAAAAGAGGCACCAGAAAGUGAAGAAGUACCCACUGUUCAAGUUUGAAAUGUCAUCUCAUGCCAUCAGUAUGAACAACUACCUUCGAGAGCAGAAGAGGAAGAAAGGAGGGCUGGGUGAGCCAGACUUACUUGAGAACGGGACAGAGGUUCAGUAUGUGUGUGAACCUGGUGCCAAGAACAUCACGGUCAUCUUCAACACCCUGCAGAGGUUUGUGAAGGAGAUUGAGGUAACACUGCAGUACUCAUCAGGUGCCCACUGCCAGCUGCAUGACUUCCUUACGGACUACAUCAAGACGAUUUUCCUGGGCCAGGUUCACAUGGACGUCAACAAGAACAUACAGCAAGCCAGCAGGGGAGCAGAGGCCUUAAAACUGUUAACAGAUGCUCCCACGAUGAAAACUAUGGGGUUACAGCGACCACUGCUUCAGAGCACCAUAACUGUGGAGCGCUGUCUGUCGGAGCUGCGAGAACUCAUGUACGCCCUGCCGGCCUACUCAGACCACUUCCUGUCCAUGAUCUGUAAGAUGCUGCAGGACUACAGGGACAUGUGUCAGGCUGCCUACAGAGGUGUGGUCCAGCGAGGUUCGGAGGAGCAGCGGAUCAUCAGCGCCACCUGGGCGAAGGACGAGGACAUCAGUCGGCUGCUGCGCUCGCUGCCCAACUGGCAGAACCUGGAGAACAGGAGGGCCCGCAAGGAGGACGAGGUGGAGAACCCAGAAGCUGUUAGAGCCAGGAACACCAAGCAGAGGGACAGGACAGAGGAGAGAAUUACCACCAUGUGGAACAACAAGGAGUCUGAUCUGCUGACCAACAAUCUUGGCGACUCCCUCAUACCAAAGUACGAGGUACUGCAAGACGUGAACGACCUCAGGGUGCUGGCAAAUCUGCACGAGAGUUUGGAGUGGUUUGCAGGGAGGAUCCGUACCUUUAACAGCACCCUGCCCCUGGCAUCCCCCGGCAUGGGACUGAGCCCUGCCAGCUCCGACUCCAACCCUUCUGACCUGCAGCCUGUAUCUCCUGCCACACUAGCGUCAUUGACCUCGCUGGCCCGUGAGUUCCAGGAUCUGGCUGAGACGUGCUUGCUGGUUCUCCAUCUGGAAGUCCGAGUCCACUGUUUCUUCUUCCUGCUUCCCAUGGCAAAACAGAGUAAUUACAGUGGGAAUCUGGAGAGCACUGACCCUGAUCCACUGGUGGUCAAACUCAACAAGGACUUAAGCAGCAUCGAGGAAUCUCUCACAACAUCACUUAACACACACAAGUUCAGGUACAUAUUUGAAGGCCUGGGUCAUCAGAUGUCAUCUAUCCUUGUCAACAGCACCCAGUACUUCAGCCGCAUCAGUCAUUCCGGCAUCAAGAAGAUGUGUAGGAACAUCUUUGCUCUCCAACAGAACCUGACUAACAUCACCAUGUCAAGGGAAGUGGACCUGGAUCAUGCACGACAGUACUACGAGACACUGUAUAUGACUGUGGAGGAGAUUUUGAACAGCCUUGUUGAGCAGGGGGUCCACUUCACGGAGCUGGAGUAUGUCAAUGCGCUGAACCUUCUCCAGCGCAGCACGCCCGGUACGGAUGCCAAGGCCCACGCCGCGCGGCUGUGGCGCCUCAAGGAGAUCAUGGCACAGAAAGUUGGAAACCAGAACGCAGAGAUGACAGAAAUUUGAUUGCACUCAAAUUUGCAACAGUUGGAAAUGGAACUACAGUCAGAAGCCACGCCAUCACUAAGUGCAACAAGAAAUGCAGAUGUGUAGAGGUUCAAUGUUUGGAGGAAAACCUUUUUCUUGUUUCUUUCUGAGUGAAAUAAACAGUUACUGUGUGCUGUAUACUGCAAUGUCUGUAAAAGCCCAUGCACAUGCAGUACCAAUUUGAAGUGCUCUGCACAAAGAUGAGAGCAUUGCAUUGGCAUUGCAGUAGAAAAAGUACAGAAAAGGAAGUCAUGGAUGGAUGAAUUCAGAGAAGUGCAAUUGACUGAUUUGUUAUCAUAGGAUUUUUGAGUGAGCAAUAUUGUAUAAUUGUGUAACAGCCUGUCAAUGAUUAGAUAUGCAUCAGGUAUAUCAAAUCUCAAAUGAAUAGAGAAAUAAAUAUUUAAAAAAUCAAGGUCAAGUGUUGAAAA